AAUAAAUUGUUUUUCGAGUUGUUUUCAUUCAUCGAGCAUAGCCGAUUUAUAUCAUAAAUUGAUUAAUUCCAGUUAUACGAACAAUUCCCAUGAUCAAAGCAUAAUCACAAACCACUUUACCUAUAUAGUCGCUAUUGAUAGGAAGACUUGUGGAUAUUUACAUACAGUAUUUGUGUUUCAUUUCAGUUGUAAAGUAUACUUACAAUAAGUGCAUUGAAACGUAUUGUUUUAAAAGUAGUACUACGAACGUGAAGGAAUUAAAAAACAUCCCGAACGAAGAAUUUUCUGUUUGAAAUAGGUUUACUAUGCUAAUCUGUUUAUCGUUGCAUAAAAAAUUGUGACAGUUAGCGCGAGAAGGAAAGCCUGAACUAUUUAAUAUGUGGGAAUAAUAUAUUAGUUUAAAUAAUAUUUGUGUAAUAUUCAAGGUGGAUAUAUUGUAUGAAGAGUAAUAAUUAAGACAUGGAAUAGAGAAAUAUUUACGUUAUUUAGUAGAUUAAGUAUAAGACGAUUUGACAUUAACGCGGAAAUCUUGGCGUCGGGAAUAAUGUAGUUAGAAGUUACAAGUCUUAUAAUAUGUAGGUAAAGGUUAUUGGAGAACAAAUUAAUAAAUAAAUAAAAAUGUGUAGAUGCAAGAACAACUACUCUAUAUGCCAUUUUCUGUGUAACUUUUUGAAUUUGAUCAUUUGGACACUUCUAUUGGGAUAUACAGAAGGUUACGAUCCAAGAGGUCGACAUAGAAAUGGAGAAAAGUUGGUACCAAUUCAGCCAUCGUUUGCGCCAUCAGAACAAAACUUCACAGUCUUUGAAGGACACACAGCUGUACUGACGUGCGUUGUAGAAAAUCUGGGGACAAAAACGGUAGUAUGGCGGAAAAUGUCAGACAUGAAUCCUUUAACAGUCGGAAAGAUGACUUAUGUAUCAGAUUCAAGAGUUCAGAUACAUCAUAUAAUUCAUAGAAACAACUGGAAUUUGCACAUAAGGGAUGCAAAAGAUUCAGAUUCGGGCACCUACGAGUGUCAAAUAAGUACAAAGGAUAGAAAUCUGCGGAGGACUGUCCACCUUCAAGUACUAGAAAGACCACAAAUACAACCAGAACCUUCAGGAAUAAUGGUCACAGGCAAUUUUCACGUAGAAAUUGGAGAUACUCUACAUAUGAUAUGUAACGCGACAGAAGCGGCAACUCCACUAGAAGAUAUUGCUUGGUUUAAGGACGGCAAUGAACUAGAAAAGAACAAUAGAGCCACAAUUUAUAAAGCUGUGUCACUAAAAGGCAAAUCUAUCAAAAGUGAUUUGUACGUGGACAAGGUUGAAAUGGCCGAUUCUGGUUAUUAUUUGUGCCGUGCGGGUGCUCUUACAACACAUGAACACGUCCAAGUUUUAAAUACUGCUGGUAACAAAGAUAAACGGGGAACUCUUGUCGACACGUCACUGGGAUAUAGAGAAGGACAGGAUAAGAAAAAUGCGUCUGCAAGUAUUCAUGGAAAAGCAGUGCUGUUUAUUGCAUUUUUUGUUGAACUUUUGAAACACAUAUUUUCAUAACAAGAAAAUGUGACAGGGAUUUCGUUGAAUUCCAAAGUAUAGAUUAUAAUGUGCAAUUUCAAGAGCGAAAACAGACUGAAAACUGAAUUAAGAUUGACCAUAUUUUUUGGUGAAAGUUCUCGAUCAUUUUACAGAGCACUACGGCUACCGAAAGUGUGAAAAUGUGCAAUGGACACUAACACAAAGUACAUGUAUUGCGCCACUUAACUAAAUGAAAACACCUGCCGGACAUAACAUUUUGGCAUACAACACUAUUAUUAUGCCUCAUUGAUAAAACUAAUUGUCUGCAUUAGAAACGGGUAACAUUAACUACUUUGCAAUCUGCUUUUUAUUCAUAAUGCGUUUACAUUUUCAUUACUCAUACCACAAUGGUCAUUCAUGUAAAUAAGACAUAUUUUUCACAUUACAAUCGGGAUGGUAAAGAAAAUAUCAUCGGACUCGAGGAAUUAGGUGUGAACAAACAAAUAAAGUUCGAUAUUCUCCUUAUAUACCGAAUACAAGAAAGAACACGAAUCUGCAGACAUUGUGUUGGAAAUGUGUACCAAAGAGAAAAAAUAUUUGCUAUCAAAGAGAACAACGUUUGAUUGCAAACAAAAUUGAAACUAAUGCAACUAGUCUUAAGUCUAGUCCCAAUGACAAUUAGUUCUUCAUUAUUUUUCAUGUUCACUUUUGUGAUGACAAUGUAAAGCAAUACAUUAUGAUAUAUUGUGAAUAAUUAUGCUUACAAUGGAUCUAUAUUCACGAGUCCCAAGAUAAUUCACACGCGUGACUUAUUCAAAUGUACAAAUGACAUUUUACUAUUCAAGUGUUAAUUUACGACAUACCAAAGAUUAAAUUUAAAAUCAAAGUGCUAUCAAGUGAGAUGAAUAUUGUAGUAUAUAUAUUCUUUAUAUUUUGUUUGAUCGUCAGUCCAUUUGUUUUUGUUGUCAUAAACUUAAGUGAUAUUCCAGCAUUGUAAAUUAUGCAUUUUAAAAUUGCUGUCAUUCCAUAUUUUUUAUUAUUAAUUUGUUAUACAAGUUAUUGUCAAUGUUAUUGGUAUAUUGCAUGUCUGUGUUAUAAUAUUUCCCCUUUGCCUUUUGAUUGUUGCCAAGAAAUAUCAUUAAAUAUGCUUUGUAAUAUGCAAUUAUUUUAAUUUCAGAAACAUCACAAAAUUUCUGUUGAUAUUCAAUUUAAACUAAGUAAAGCCGUGUAAAUAACAAUGCUGUUUGCUAUUGUUUCCAUAAGGUUCUGUGUUAGAUUUAAAUAUACCGGAUGAAUACCUUCGCAUUUAUAUGAAAAAAAUAGUAUUACACCAAAUAGAUAUUAAUAAUUGUAUUGCGCAGCUAAUGACCCAGCUAAUGGCGUAUAUUAACCCCAAGCAUGUGCUAUUUACUUUCUCGCGUUGUAAACCUUGUUCGAUGACAAGAUUAAAUUCUUAGUAUUCUACCUCUAUUUACUACAAAUCUGUGUUCUUUGGGUUACUGCCAUCAGUUCAUUACCUCAGCGCCUAUCGUCUUACUGGGUAAUUGUACAAAUGUAUAUUAUAUAUGCAUAUAUCAUAAACAAAACAUAGAAUUUUAUUAAGAUUUUAUCGAUACUGCAAAUAAAAAGUCUAAACUGGAAAUAUUAAUGCAGUCAAUAAUGUAUUUUAUGUUUCAAAGCAACAGGCGGAGAGAAAGGUUAGUUACACCCAUUAAUGCAAAACAGCACCAAAGAAUUUCGUGACGUGAUGAAUAUCAUUAAAAUUUCUAAUCUAGGGGAUAAUUUUUAAGGGUCAAUUCGCCCCAAACAAAUAUUGUCAAACGACAUACUCCCUAGAGACUAGAGUAAUGAAUUCUUUAGGAUAUGUACAUUUUUACUUUUUAAUUUCACAGAUAAUAUUGUUAUUGACUUCUAGUAUCUCAAUAAAUUAUCAACAUUUCAUAUAAAUAUAUCAUUAGAUUGUCAGCAUUUUGUGUAAUAAUUUCAUAUUUUUCAUGUCACACUUUUGA